CAGACAACCUGUAAAGUGAGACAGUAUAUUCACAGGAAAGUAUACUUACAUUAACUUUUCAAGGCGCUGGUAGUGUGUUCAGAUUUUUCACCUGAAGCAUGCGCAGAACCAUGUAAACACAUGCACGAACUCGGCAAGUAUGCGUCUCUUGUGUGCAUGCUUCAGGUGAUAGAAAUCUGAACCCACUACCACGCUUUGAAAACUUUAUGUAUUUAUACUUCCUGUCGAUAUGUCUCACAUUCCUACCUGCAGAAGGACCAACCACAUGGACAACUGGGAAAAUGCUAAGAUUUACGUCGGUAACCUGGGCACUGGUGCAGGGAAAGGAGAGCUAGAGCGGGCGUUCGGGUAUUACGGACCAUUAAGAACAGUGUGGAUUGCUAGGAACCCCCCGGGCUUUGCCUUUGUGGAGUUUGAAGACACCCGGGAUGCAGAAGAUGCGGUCCGAGGCCUUGACGGCAAGUUGAUUUCUGGAUCUCGAGUUCGAGUUGAAUUAUCUACAGGGAUGCCGCGGCGAUCUCGGUACGAGCGUGCUCCCACCAACCGGCCCUUUGACUCCAACGACAAGUGCUAUGAGUGUGGUGAGCGGGGGCACUAUGCCUACGACUGCCACCGCUACGGUCGACGCAGGAGGACCAGGUCCCGGUCUCACUCCAGGUCCGGUGGGAGGAGGUACUCUCGCUCUCGCAGCCGGGGCCGUGGCAGGAGAUCAAGAUCCUUCUCUCCACGCCGCUCUCGUUCUCCUAGAAGAUCUAGAGCCCUUACCCCCAAGAGAUCAAGAUCUCGAUCAAAGUCCAGAUCAAGGUCUAGGUCACUUUCUCAUGCAAAGACCAGAGAAUUUGGCAGUACGUCCAACCGGCCUCACAACCGCAGACCACGUGUAACCACGCCAGCCCAGGACCUCCACAUCUGGCUUCUUCACCUGCGGGAUCGUCUGAGACCAGCCACCGGGACAGCUGAUCAAACUGUGGGUUUGCACAACCAAAGAAUUUCUGCACAAAUUCUCAGAAACCGUCUCAGGGAAGGCAAUCUGUGUGCUCGUCUUCCUCACCAGAGUCUUGACCUGACUGCAAUUUAGUGUCGUAACCAACUUCAAUGGGCAAAUGCUCACCUUCAAAGGCCACUGGUACGCUAGAGAAGUGUGUUCUUCAAGGAUGAAUCCUGAUUUUUAACUGUACCAGGCAGAUGGCAGACAGCCUUGUGUGGAUCGAGUGGUUUGCUGAUUGUGAACAGAGUGCCCCAUGGUGGCGUUGGGGUUAUGGUAUGGGCAGGUAUAAGCUACGGACAAGGGACACAAUUGCAUUUUAUCGAUGGCAAUUUGGAUACACAGAGAUACCAUGACGAGAUCCUGAGGCCCAUUGUCGUGCCAUCCAUCCGCCAUCAUUACUUCAUGUUUCAGUAUAAUAAUGCACGGCCCCAUGUUUGGGAUGCUCUGGAUCAACGUGUACGACAGCGUGUUCCAUUUCCCACCAAUAUCCAGAAACUUUGCACAGCCAUUGUUGCAUAUUGAUUUAUAUCUUUGUUUAGUGUAAUUAGUGACCUAAUUUCAUCAAUCAACAACAAGGGAAGAGCGAAAACCCACAGGCACUCGGCCCUCCGUGGAAUGAGUUGAAGUGAGGCCUAAAGCCUUGUUCACACUGCAGGCCUUAAUGCUCAAAUCAGUGGGGGUUUUUCAAAUCAGUUUUGUAAUGGUGACUGUUCAAACAGCUAGUUACAAGUGACCAAAUCGUACUUGCCCUUUGUGCUGUUGUCUGUGCCCAAUAAUGUUUGUACCAUGUUGUGUGCUGCUACCAUGUUGUGUGCUGCUACCAUGUGGUGUGCUUCUGCCAUGUGGUGUGCUGCUGCCAUGUGGUGUGUUGCUGCCAUGUGGUGUGUUGCUGCCAUGUGGUGUGCUGCUGCCAUGUUGUGUGCUGCUGCCAUGUUGUUGUUGUGUUGCUACCAUGCUAUGUUGUUGUCUUAGGUCUCUCUUUAUGUAGUGGUGUCGUGAUGUGUGUUCUGUCCUAUAUAUUGUUUAAUCCCCAGGCCUUUUGCCUUUUGGUAGGCCGUCAUUGUAAACAAAAAUGUGUUAUUUACUGACUUGCCUAGUUAAAUAAAAAGACGUUGUGUGUGUGUGUGUGUUCAGAUAGCAGUCAUUUGCUGACAUGGCUACACUAGUUGUCAUAGUAAUGAUGGGUAUGUGUGCAGUGGUGGAGGCUGAUUGGUGGUGGUGCUCGUGCUUCCUAUUACUCAGAGGUUUUGUAGCAAACCUAAGGUGACAACAAUGUUUGCCAUGGACUUUUACCUAGUUGCUUUGAAUGUUCAAAA